CGGCUGUCCGUUCACCCAUCCCGAGCUCUUGUGGAUGAGAAAUUUAAAGUGCUGGUCCAAAAUGCUCCUCCUGGGACUGAGCUGACGGUGCGCUCCCAUCUCCUCAGUGAAGACAAACACAACUGGGAGGCGUUUGGACACUACAUGUGUGACAGCACCGGGACACUCAACUUGUGUGAGGACCCCAGCCUGGGUGGGACAUAUGAAGGAGUGGAACCAAUGGGAUUACUGUGGAGCCUCAGACCAGUGCCAGGGAGUAAACCUGGACUCAGGUUGAGGAAGACCAAUGUGGAGACCCCUCUGGAGGUGACAGUGUCAGUGUACCAGGGCCACCUGUCAGAGGGCUUCAAGGAGCAGAGCUGUCUGGCUGCUGUGCUGGUGGAGCGCUGGUACAUGGCUCCUGGAGUCCAGAGGAUACCAGUUACAGAGCACGACCUCACUGCUACACUCUUCCUCCCUCCAGGACCUGGCCCGUUUCCUGCUGUCCUGGACCUCUGGGGAGGAGGUGGCAAUCUAAUGGAGUAUAGAGCGUCUUUACUGGCGUCACAUGGGUUUGCUGCUCUGGCCCUGGAUUAUCUGACCAAUAAAGUCACAAUGACAACUGGAAAAAGGAUGAAGAAUGACUACUUUGAGACUGCCUAUAAAUUCCUGGAGCAACAUCCUCAGAUUGUGGGCAGCAGGAUCGCCAUGUGGGGCCUGUCUUUUGGUACAGUUAUGACCUUAAAAAUGGCCGCUUACUCCAAGGUCAUGAAGCUUAGAUGUGCGGUGUGUUUCAGCGGAAGUCGCAUUCAGCCAGUGAACAGCAGCGGUGAAGAACUAUUGAACUACUCUAGUAUAAAUAUCGAUAAAACCCGCAUCAGUGAGAAACAGGAACUAACAUGGCAUGACCUGCUCCUGCCAAUCCCUGAAGACCCUGCAUUCAAAGUAGAUAUGGGACGUGUGCAGUGCCCCCUGUUGUUAGUGGUGGGUCAGGAUGAUCAGUGUUGGUCGUCUUUUAUAGGUGCUAUGGAUAUAAAGGCAAUGAUGGAGAAGGCUGGGAACAUUCACCUGCUCACUCUGCUCGUAUAUCCCGACGCUGGUCAUCUGAUCGAGCCUCCGUACUCUCCACUCACACGGGCCAGCAACUUCAGAACACAUAAAACCAAAAAACUGUGCAUGGUGUGGGGCGGGCAGACUGUGGGCCACGCUCGAGCUCAGGAGGACUCCUGGAGGAAGGCUCUUGUAUUUUUGAGAGAGCACCUUUAUGACAGGACAAAAACAUUCACAUCACAUCUUUAAUAUAAGUAAAUACUAGGGAUGCAACAAUAACUAAAAUAUCGUGAUAUCGUAUCAUCAAAGUUCUCCCAAUAAUAUCGUGGACCAUCACAAUAUAUCGAAUCACAAGUCUCUUUGCUUAAAUUAAGAGUUAUGGUGCAGAAAUAGGACAGAGGGAAAAAAGACAGAGGGAACUAUAUAGACCAUGAGCCUUUGCUCCAUUUCAGUGCAGACUACAAGAAGAAAUAACAGUUCUAAGCACUUUUAAGUCUUAAUUUUUUGGAUUAAGUUUUGUCAAGGCAUUUUAAGAGGAAAAAGUAGUAUAUUCACAGUUUUGUUGGCUCCACAAAAUAUCUCAAUAAAUACCGUACUGUGAGAUGUACAGCAUGAAAAUAUUCUACUGAGAGAUUUCGAUAUUGUUACAUCUGUAAUAAUGAGCCUCCACACCAUAUCAUGAGCUUUCCCAUAAUAUCGCAAUAAAUAUCGUCCCGUGAGGUUCAUACUGUGAUGAUAUCGUAUCGUGAGACUUGGAUAUCGUUACACCCCUAAUAAAUACACGUGUGAUGUGAUGUGUAGGUCAACUUGUAGCGCGCAGGUUUGGGC